ACCUAAUCUAAGUUCAUAAACCUGGGGUAAAAUCAUCUCCGGAGAGAUGACGCAACAGCUGGGAUAUGUGUGGCUCUGUCCCUGUCGAUCUUCAACUCCAGCCGCCAAAGAUCAGAUGACCCGGGCUGAAACAGCAGUGACGUUUCCGUGGCCAAGGCGGCGCAGCAUCACUGUCACCCGGACACGCCAUUUACGGUUUCGAAACCGCCUUGAAGAGAGAUCUUGGAGAGGUCUUUCGCCCGAGACAACACGGAUACUAUUAGCCUACUAGAACCCCAAGGCCACAAUGUCUAACAUGCCCAUUUGCGACGUUGAUACGCCGGACCCUUGGGUCGUGGCGGCUAACGGCAAGUUUUACCUUACCUUCACCCUCGACAACCGCAUCGAGAUCUGGGCCUCGCACACGCUCGAGAACUUCCACCACUGCCACAAGAGCGUCGUCUGGCACCCGGCGCCCGGCACCCCGUGGUCCGUCAACAUAUGGGCGCCGGAGCUGCACUACCUCAACGGCCGGUGGUAUAUCUACACCUGUGGCGCGCCGCCCGGCGUCGGGAAUCCGGGCCACCGGACCACGGUGCUCCGGUCAUCGUCGCAGGAUCCCAUGGACGCCGGGGCGUGGGAGUUCCUCGGCCCGCUCGAGGGCAUGCCGGACCAGUGGUCUAUCGACGCGACCGUCUUCAGCCCCAACGGACAUGACUUUUACUGCUGCUGGUCCGGGUGGCCGCUCGGCGACACGUCCGACUCGCAGCAGGACUUGUUCCUGAUCAAGCUGCGCGUGCCGGAGGAAGCGAUUCCCGAGACGAUGGUCUGCAUCUCGCGGGCCGAGUUACCGUGGGAACGUCCGGACGAGGGCCGCCGCGGGGUCAACGAGGGGCCCACGUGGGUGAACAUCCCCGGCGUGUUCAGCGGCAUCGUGUAUUCGGCCGACGGCAGCUGGACGAGUCACUACAAGCUCGGGCUGCUGCCGCUCAUAGGGCAGGAUCCGCUCGACCCGGCUUGCUGGGCGAAGAGAUCGACACCGCUGCUGGUCAGCCAUAAGCGGUGCGGGGGUCCGUACGGCCCAGGCCACGCGAGUUUCCUGCCGAACCCGCACGACAGAAGCCGGGUGUACUGCAUCUACCACGCAACGAGCAAUUUUGGCGAAGGAUGGGCGAAUAGGAAAGCGAGAGUGAUUGAUAUGGGACCGGAAUGCUUUGGGCCUCAUGCGCACUCACUGUGCUGCGCGCUGGAUCGACACGUGCCGAAACACAGACAUGACAGGCCACGGGAUUCAUCGUGCAUCAUGUCAUGAGAUGUGUGGCUCCUUGAUAUAAGAUGGUUCAGCCUCCAGUCAUGAAAUAGGAGAAUGGAGAAGUGUUUGCGUAUUUUCUAAUGAGUAUAACGGUGAGCUGCCCACAGUCAUGGACCAUGUUCGAACCUCUCACUAUGAGCCAGCCGCCUAGGAUUAGACGUCCCAAUAUCAACACCCAUUCAUUCA